GCCAGCGCCGUUUCCUCCGACUGUGUUGCCCGGAGCACCGCCCGUCGGACGCUCUCUUCCGCCCAUAAAUACCGUGCACAUGAUCCAUCAGAAUCCACACAGCUCGAAGCAUCCACACGACCACACACAACAGUCAAAUCUCUAUCAGUUGAGAUGGCCUCCUCCUCGUCCUCAAGGUUGCUCGCGGCGGCGGUGCUGGCGGCGCUGUUCGCCGGCGCGAUGUGCGCCGUGAAGGUGGCCUUCACGGUGGAGAAGGGGUCCGGCGCCAAGAAGCUGGUGCUGAAAAUCGACUACGCCAGGCCAGGCGACAUCCUCGCGGAGGUGGAGCUUCGGCAGCACGGCUCGGAGGAGUGGCAGCCCUUGACCAAGAAGGGCGACUUCUGGGAGGUCUCGUGUAGCAAGGACCUCGUCGGGCCCUUCAACUUCCGCUUCAUGUCCAAGAACGGCAUGAGGAACGUCUUCGACGAGGUCUUCUCCACCGAUUUCAAGAUCGGUAAAACCUACGCCCCGGAAGAGUGAUCCUUCCGUCGGCGUGUUAUUAGUCGAUUCAACUUUUCCCUUGUUUCCGUUUCAUUAUCGUUGCAUGUAUACGCCCUCAUGCGUGGAUAAUACAUAAUUAUCGACGCCUAUGAGAUGUGUAUACAUGCGGUAGGAGAAGCAACGGCGGAUGUGUCUGCUCUCCGGCCCAU